UUUUCAAUCAAAGUGUACAUUAAUGCAUGAACUGAACCACACCACCAACCAAAGGCAUAAUUUGCAUGAAGUGAACAAAUAAAUUUCUUUCUUCCAUUGGAUUCAUUCAUUCACAUCCAUUUCAUUCAUCAUGAACUUAAUCACUCUCUUUCUAUUUUUUCUUCUUCUUAUCUCAUUAAAUUCCCAUUUUGCCCUCGCCGGAAAACGCAAGGUCCACAUCACCGACGACUUGGACGAUGUAUUCGACGACGAGGAGGAUGAUGAUUGGAAAGAAUGGGGCAAGAAACCUGCUCCCUCUUUCGCUCCCUCCGAUUUUACCAAGUUGGAUGAUUCCAAGAUCCAAGAGGAGAUGAUGAAACGCCACUCCGGACCCGUCAUCGGAUUCGUUAAGCUCCGAUUUGGUGUUCGCCGGACUCCGGACAAGGUAGCUGAACUUGCCAUGAAAUGGACACAAGUUCUGAGAACAGGAGCUGUUGGAGUAAGGUUUACAGGUGUUGAUCUGAAUACAAUCAUGUUCAACAUGGACAGCAUCAAAGACUUGGAGGAGUUGAAGGAAUUUGUCUUUGACCAAUCAGAAGCAUAUGAGAUUAAAAUGGGGGAACAAUUAUUUCGAAGACCUGGAGAUCCAUCCCUAGAUGAAAUCAUUCAGAAGUAUAAUAGUGAGAAAGGCAAAGAAGAUAAUGCUAGUCCAAAGGAAGUUGAUGGAAAUUCGAAAACAGAAUUGUAGUUAACGGUGCAAAUAUAAUCCUCUGGAAGUCGAGAUAAAGCAAUUGUAUCACAUUUUUUAUACGGUUACCCCAAGUCUUGUUAUUUUUAUAGUCCUGAUGUACAACUCUUCCUUUCUUUCAUUGCGUUUAAUUAAGGUUAUAUACUUUUUUUUUUG